GGGCAGCAACUCAUAGGUAUAUGGACCGAGGUGUAAGAACUUGAGGAGUCCAGUUCCCACGUACUGUUUCUUCCUCUCUCCUCCGUUUCCAUUUGUUUCUGUUUCUGUUUUUCUUUUUAUUUAUAUCGAAUUAAUGGUUCUAUUAAAUAUUUAACUUCUGUUAGUUCCAAGGAUGGAAAUUACAGAUUUGUAAUAAUUGAAGGUUAAAUUCAUCUAGUCAAAUAACACAGGAAUCAAAAUAAAAAUAACCCAAUAACUCAGGAACCAAAAUAGUUAUUUCCCCUUUCUGCAUUUACCAAUUACUAAUUCAAACACAAAACCAACUAAUCAUACUGGCAAGCUUCAAAUCAUAUCUCUUUGCCCCAAUACAGGUCCAAUUGUUUUUCUGGCUCGAAAGGAACAACAUAAUUUUUGAAGGCAAAAAGAGAAACAUACACAGCCAUCAGAGAGGUUGUAUUAUGGAUCAUACUGAAGCGUGUAAUGAGGUGACUCAAGAGAGCUUUUCAAGUUCAUCAAAACGAUGAAAAAAUAAAUCUACACUGUGGGAGGGUUAUGAGAAGCUGCCAAAGGAUAGUAAUACAGAUAAUAGAUUAAGGGCAAAAUGCAAAACUUGUGGAGAUGUUUUUAUGGCUGACUCAACUCCGGGAACUACAAAUUUAAAUCGCCAUCGAGCUAAACACCUAAAAGAUGCAGCCUCUCAAGUUGUGCCAAUAAAUCACGAACAAUAUCGUGAUAAGGGAGUCAAUAUCCUACUGCCAAUGUGUAUUCUCAUAAAGUUUGGAAAAUUCAUAUGAUGAUAAGAGAAGCGAUAGAUAGUGAGGAUCUUAAUAUCAAGGAAAUGGCUAUAGAAAUGGAGAAAAAGUUCAAAAAAUAUUGGCAGGAAGAGUACAGUCCGAUUGCUACAAUGGCAGUAGUCCUUGAUCCUCGGUAUAAGUUAAGUCUCGUGGAUUUUUGCUUCUCUAAACUUGAUCUAUCUACUUCCAAUGAAAAGGUAAAGGCUGUUGAAGAUAAUAUGCAAAAAUUAUUUAAGGAGUACUUGAAACCUUCAAUUUCUGAUGUUGAUACGGUAAGAAGUAAUAGUGGUGGAUGUGAUGUUGAAAUGGCAGAUGAAAUGGAGGAGUAUGAUAAUUUUGUAAGUCCAUCUCAACCUGGUUCAAAAAAGACACAACUAAGUUUGUACUUGGAAGAGCCUGUGUUGGUUCGCAAAGGAAAUGAAAAUUUAGAUGUGCUUAAAUUUUGGAAGGAUAAUAGGAUUAAAUAUCCGGAACUCUCAUUGAUGGCAUGUGAUUUGUUAAGUAUUCCUAUCACCAGUGUUUCAUCCGAGUCCGCUUUCAGUGUCGGAGGUCGUGUUAUUGGAAAAUUUCAAACCUCUAUUUUACCCGAGAAUGCAGAAGCUAAGUUGUGUUCGCGAGAUUGGCUUUAUGGUCAUCAAGCUUCUGAUGACUCUGAAGAGGAAGAUGACAUUGCAAUAGACAUGGGGAAAUUUGCUGCUAUGCCUUCCAGCUAGCUGAUGUUUUUCUCAAUUUUCUUGACAGCGAAAGAAGAAUGAUGCUUCCACUGCGUGUCAAGUUUGAAUGUUACUGUGAUGUAGUAGUUUCUAUUUGAUCUGAGAGUGUUUUUUAUCCGGACCUGCUGAGUUUUCUGUGUCAUUGCACUGUGACACUCCUGGGAAGGAACUUUAUACCGACUCUGGCCUGUACAUUAUUGGAUACGCGAAUGGAGAAAAGACUACUGAAGUUCUUGGUGAGGGAGGAUCACUUACGUACCUCCCAUUCAGUAGCGGUGGUAGCUGCGAAUCCCCCAGGUCAAUCCUUAACAACUGCUGUUGGAGUGAGAACGAGGAUGAGGAAAUGGAGAAGAUAUAUUAAUGAGAAAAUUUGUUUAUUCUCCUUUUAGUAUGCAAUACUAUAGUCUGGUAUAGAUCCAGGCAUGCAAAUAAUGUUUCUUUGUUUUUAUCAAGUCUAGUAGUAGUAUCAGUUUUUGGUAUUUGAAUUCAGUCUUGUGGUAUUUUGUGUCAUGAAAUAAACUCUCUGCUGAGUCGAUGAA